AAGAAGGAAUUUUCUUGGUCGGGCAUAGUUUUCUUCACAAAACUAGCCACUAUUCUUCCCCCUUACCAUCUUCCAGACUCGGAAUAGUUUGUGCAAGACGACUUUCUCAAUUACAACGUUGGCCUAUAAAGUCCUUGAAAUGCAAAGCAAUGCUGCUGCCAACAGCAGUUCAUAGUCUUUAUGACUUCGCUGUUUUUCCAUUGCAUAUGCAAAGCAACGCAUAGCUUCAAUCUUGCAAGUCGAUGUAACUGAAGAUUCCAUUAUUAACAUCUCUCGGCUUUUGAAAGGAUUUCCAAAUUUUUUUCCAUUAAAAGAAAUGCAGCGAUUAUUUUUUUAUUUCCUCUACGAUGUUUCAUUCUCGAUUCUUCUUCAAGGGUGGUCUUUUAAGAAAUCUGACAACUCCAUUUUGUAGCGUCUGUCUUCUGCUCUGUUGUCUCAUCAAGCGUCGUGUCUCGUGUGUCUCGUCUCGUGUGUCUCAUGUGUCUCGUCUCGUGUGUCUCGUCUCGUGUGUCUCGUCUCGUGUGUCUCGUCUCGUGUGUCUCGUCUCGUGUGUCUCGUCUCGUGUGUCCUGGAAUUUAUUUGCUUUCAAUAAAGGGAUAUUAACAUAUGCCAGAACGGGGUGAAAUGUUUCUUAUAGUGGAGUAUAUCAUAGGUGAACAUGAGACCGAAGUAGAAGUUGUCCCCAGUUCAUGGUACUCAUCAGGUCAGUGUUGGUGGCCUCCAGGUGCAUUUGCUCGUUCAACAUUGGAAAAAAAAGUAUCGAAGUCAGUGGAUUGUGAUAAAGCUACAUGGGACUGUUAUGAUGCUCGCCUCAUUGCUACUUUCAAAACGUAUGCAGAAGCCAAGGCUAAGUUGCCUCUUGCUAUUGCUGGAGAAUCAGUAGCUCCCAGCUCGACUGACGUUGAUGGACAUAAAAAAGGAAAAGGAAAGCGAGAAAAACAGAAAACAAGAAGGUAUCUAAGUGAAGAUACGAGUGAAUCUAGCGACGACGGAAAUAGAAAGAACAAGGAGAACUCGUCAAGAAAGAAGAAGAAACGUAGUCCAGCAAGACCUUCCCAGAAUGAUGCUUCGGUAUCAGCAAAUUUAUCAGACACACAUAUGACAUUGCCACCUGUUCCGAACAGUCUCAACAUCAACACGUUUUUUUCUUCUCAAUCUUCAAAUGAAGUUAGCCACACCAGGCCAAGAAUCGAAUCUACUGAGAACGAAAGAUCCAAUUCCUUUGGUGACAGGAAUGGUGUUACGGAUGAGAUUAUGUCCUCUCCUGUUAUACCACGACAGCAGCUAGCCGUAGCUAGAAAAUCAAAUCCAUCACCAUCAGCUCCCACCAGCCCGGAAGUGGAUGCAAGAAAAAUAGGUGUUAUCUUGCAACGGGUGGAGGCGUUAGCUAGAGGCAUUGAAGUUGUGAAGGCUAAUCAGCGGGAGGUGCUAGACCUACUGACGUUGCUGUUGAAAAACAGUGCUCCACCCCAACCGGAUUUACCUUCCAUUACGGAAUUGUUUCAGCUGCCUAUGAAGACUUUACAGGAUGCGAGGAACUUGACAAAGCUACUGAAAAUUCAACAUAAUGCAUCUAAAAUGAAGACGUUCGUCAUUGGGAUAGGAGGGACUACGAAUUCCAUGGUUGGAAGGGUCAUGAAGUCAAUCAUGACCUACCGGUGUGGCAGUUGUUUCUGUUAUCUAGGCCUAAAUGAAGAUAAAGUGGCUUUCAAGUCAACCACUAUUUGUGAGAUUGUAAUUGAUGGAGUUCGUGAAGCACACAAUUCUUUGACAAGAGAUGCAGUUGAAGCGAAGAUAAAGAACUGGCUACGUCAUUGCCCAAGAUAUGCGUCGAAACAAACUGACGAUGGAAGCCAGAGUGGAGAAGACGAGGAACAAGAAGAAACCUACUAAACUAAAGACUAAUUUUUCAUUGUCUCUGCGAAGUAAUUUGACUAUUUCAUGUUUCUGUUGUAUAUGAAGAAUUAAAAUAAAUUUGAGUUUGUUUCCAAAA